GCCGUCGUUUCACAAUAAGAGGCGACUCGUUUAUUUUAAAUCCUUUCAAAUUAAAGCACCUUUAAUGUAUUUUAAUUUCAUAUUUUCAAGAUAAAAUAAAAUACAACAAAUAUUAAAAAUGAAAUUAUAAUGAAAAUUGACUCUAAAAUGACCUAUGAAUGGAUGUUUGAGCCUCAGUACCCCGGGCCUCCAGCAGGGGGCUCCCGGGUCCCGGUUCGUGUGGCCGGGGACCGGAGGAUGCGACGCCGAGUGUCUGAGCUUCGCUGCGCUCGUGAUGAACCCGUUUGAUGGCUCCGGUUCUCCCGGACCCGAGGAGGUGGACGGACGGUUCCCGUGGACGCGCUUCUCCUCGUGGUUGGAGUGCGUGUGCGUGGUCACGUUCGACUUGGAGCUCGGACAAGCCAUGGAGCUGGUUUAUCCUCAGGACGUGAAACUGACAGAAAAAGAGAAAACAAGCAUCUGUUACCUGUCCUUCCCCGACUCCUACUCAGGUUGCCUCGGAGACACUCAGUUCAGCUUCAGGUUGCGUGAGUCGGUCGGUAGGAGAGCGUCGAGGUUCAGAGACGACAUCUACAACAGAGAAGCUCCGGUAACGCUGCAGAGAGAAACGGCGCAUUUCUUCGGCUACGUCUACUUCAGACAAGUGAAGGACGUCUCUGUGAAGAGAGGCUACUUUCAGAAGUCCCUGGUGCUGGUGUCCAGGUUGCCGUACACUCACCUGUUCCACUCGCUGCUGCAAAUCGUGGCCCCCGAGUUCUUCGAGAAGUUGGAGCCGUGUCUUGAAGCAGUGUGUAACGAGAUCGACCAAUGGCCUUCACCGGUACCUGGACUCACCCUCAAUCUGCCUGUGAUGGGUGCCAUCUUACAGGUGAGGAUUCCUUCUAAAUCAGACAAACCUGGAGGGAGUCCGGUCCACCAGACAACUAACGAGAACCUGCUCCGGGUCCCGACGGUCCUGCCGACCCUCCAUGAGCUGGACCUGUUCAGGUGUUUCCAGUCCGUCCUCAUCCACCUGCAGAUGCUGUGGGAGCUCACGUUGCUCGGGGAACCGGUGGUCGUCAUGGCGCCGUCGCCCACCGUCUCAUCGGAGACC